CGCAACUGUUCCUGCUACAAUGUUUCACCCAUUGUUAUCAGCCAACGAUUGUUUUCCAACAUAGUAUUUUCUUCAUAUGAUUCUUCAAAAUAAACUCUCCAACUUUCCUAUUUGUCUUCAUUUAUAAUAAUAAUAAUAAUAAUAAUAAUAAUAAUAAUAAUAAUCAGCAUAUUUUUUUCAUCAUUUUAUAAUCGAAUGGUGGCGCCACAAUGUAAAUUAUAGAGAGGUCUUGGAUACAAGUGGAAAUUACAUAGAGAGGGGGUACCCACCGAAGAAAAACCUUAUAUUGGGAAAGUAUAUACUUUAACCUGAAAAUUCAACUCCUUAUAUUUUUCUUUUUAAAAGUAUAAUAAUAAAUAGACAGCAAUGUUGCAAUUGAAUAAAGUCUCAUUGACGUACAGUUAUUGUCGAUACUUCAUGAUAACUAGUAGUAUAAGAAAUAAAAAUUAUUUUGCUAGGCAAGGAAAAUUUAUAAAAAAACUCAUGCGUGAAGAUGCUCCAAAAAAAAAGUGGCACAUGACGAAACCAGGAAGAGUGCAACAAUCAUUCAGCGGCGAUAGUAUUAAAGUCAUUAGUCCCCAUGUGACGCGACGUUUGAACGUUUUGAAUAAAUUGUUCAUGACGCACAUCACAGAUUUAAUGACAACUGGAGAAGUGUCGGGACAAAUUGUCGGUCGAGGUAUCGAAAUAUCUCGUGUCAAAUUGGCCAAUGAUUUUCAUGUUGUUAGAGUUUACUGGUUCUGCAAUGAUGACGAUACUGAUCGGUUAGAAGAAACUACUCGGCAUCUGGAGCAGAUUGCUUUCAGAUUGAGACAUGAGUUGUCACAAUUAAAAGUCAUUGGUGUUGUGCCACAGAUACUAUUCGUUAAAGAUAAAGCUGUAGCUGCAAAUUUGGAACUCCAGAAGAGAAUAGCAGAAGCUGAUUAUGGAGAAGAUCACGUUCCAAUUGUGAACAUUUCCCCGCCAAAACCCCAAUUAACUUUAUACACACCAUUGCCGGAGGAUGUCAGGAAAAAGAUUUUAGAGUAUUCAGAGGAAGAUAAAGAGGAGGCAGAAGAUGAUGCGUUUUAUGCUGUAGAUCUGCCUCCAAUGAAACAUGAUGUACUUGGUUUGAAUCAUUGGAAAAUAAUGUUCCGGGUAAAAAUGUCUCUGAAUAAACUACGCGCCGUUGAAGCUUCAAAGAAACAGUGGUCACCUCUCGAUUGCCAACAACCCUUUAAUCCUGAGAGCAUGAAAAUACAUCAGAAUACUACUAGUGAAGAGAUGAAAGCAUUCGAUGAUUUCUUAUUGAAAAGAAAAAUCGAUGAGAAACGUAGGGACCGGUGGGAAUUGAGAGAUUGGAAUAACAUCAUGUUGGAAAAUGACAAAGAAACAGACGAGGACAACGAGAGCUACGACGACUUUGAAGAGGAACAUUAUGCUGAAAUGUUUGAUGGUACUGAUGAUCCUCAGGAAACUCUGCAAUGAAACCUUUCUCAUACGUAGAUGAGAAGCUGUAAAUACCCUAUUGAUACUGCAGUAAUAAUAAUCUAAUUUUUCUUUAUUAUCAUAAAGAUCAUCACAGUUUCAUUAUGGUAACAAUAUAAUUUCACAAUAUUCUAGUCUCCAUGAUCUACACGUUGAAUUGAACUGAUUGAAUAAUUUUUUUUCCUUUAAAAAAAAAACAGACGCAU